AUGUCGCGACGACCGGCGAAAGGAGACUACAUCGAGACCGACACGGGCAACAAGGUCGCCCGCAAGGCGACGCUCGUCGGCACCCAGAACAUCAUGCUCGGCGGCAAGACCGUCAUCCAGCCCGAGGUCAUGAUCCGCGGCGACCUCUCCCGCACUGCCCAGCCCUCCGCCGCCGGCGCCCCCGCCAACAGCACCGCCGUCGCCAUCGGCCGAUACUGCUUCCUCUCGAGGGGCGCCGUGCUCCGGCCCCCGGGCCGUAUGUACAAAGGCGUCUUCACCUACAUGCCUCUCCGCAUGGGCGACCACGUCUUCGUCGGCCAGAACACCGUCAUCCAGGCCGCCUCGCUCGGCUCCCACAUCCACAUCGGCCGCGACUGCGUCAUCGGCGAGUUCGCCAUCGUCAAGGACUACGUCCGCGUUCUCGAGGGCACCGUCGUCCCGCCCAACAUGGUCAUCCCCAGCUUCAGCGUCGUCGCCGGCCAGCCCGCCCGCGUCGUCGGCGAGGUGCCUGAGGGCGGCCACGAGGCCUUUGAGCUGCGCGAGCUGUACAAGACCGUCGGGAACAACCCGCAGCCGCUGACUGUCUAG